AUAAAAAACAAGAACUUCAACAAUUAAUUGAUGAUGGUAUCAUUGAAUUUAAUUAUGAUAUUGAUUGUAAUAGUUUCACUAAAGAUGUAAAUGAACAUGAAAAUGUAAUUAAUAGUUGGUUAUCUUCUUAUGGUGGAAUUACUGAUAUGGGUUCAUGUAAAUUUAAAGUAGUUCUUUUAUGUUUUGAUAAACCAAAUAAGGAUAAUGAAAGAUCUUAUAGUAAAUUAAUCGCAAUACUUUAUCUUAAAUCAAAUGAUGCUGAAGCAAAGAAAAAAAUUAUGGCUAAUACUGAAGAAUUAGCUGUAUUAAUUCUUGUUCGGGUAAUGAUACAUAUACUAUUGAAUAAUUUUUAUUUUUUUUCAAUGUAA